AAACUCUCUCCCCCGAGAGAGGCGCGUUUGCUGGAGUUAACGUGUUGUGCUGGUUCUUCCAUCCGAGGCUGCCGGUGCGUGUUUGUUCCUGGAACCGGAAUCCUAGGACACAGAAUCUUCGCCAUGGAUCCCUCUCCAGCCUCUUCCAGUUUCCUUUCGGACUCGGAUUUCUGCACCGAAUGUGGCUCAGUUCUGCCUCUCCCAGGAACUUUGGACACAGUGACUUGCGCCAGAUGCGGUUUCUCCAUAGACGUGCGGGAGUUCGAAGGGAAGGUGGUGGAGACCUCGAUCGUGUUCCAUAAAUUGGGAACAACAGCUUUAAUAGUGCCAGAGGAAGAGGGGCCCGAGUUCCAGGGGCCAGUGAUUGAUAGGCGUUGUUCCAAUUGUGGUCAUGAGGGAAUGGCAUAUCACACCAGGCAGAUGCGCUCAGCUGAUGAAGGACAGACUGUCUUUUAUACCUGUACUAACUGCAGGUUUCAAGAGAAAGAAGACUCUUGAUCUCUACUCUCUUGGAUUCAGUCCCUUCUGUUUGAAAGCAUUUUUCUUCCACAGAGGCCUGCUUUGAUGGCACAUGAUAUAGAAGUGACCUGAGUUCUCCAAGGGUUUGGAAUGUGUCUUCGGUUUCAGCCUCAGAGAUUCUAAGUAUAUCACUGAAGAAGUUAAGAGAGUGGGCCUUUGUUUCUGAGAAAAGCUUGGGAAAUUAUUAAAAGAACUAUGCAGUUUCCCAGAAGCAGUCCAGUUCUUCCUGUUUUGCAAUUAUAGAUUUGUUUUAUUAUCCAUUUUUAAGGUUCCCAGAAAUGUACAAAUGACAAACUUUAUCAGUUGUCUAAGGGUAUCUCAUAACUUAAACAAUUGGCAUUCUCUUCACAAAGUCCUAUUAUGUUAUUAUUAUUAUAUGAGGUAAUCUUGGAUUCUUGAAAGUUCUGACAGGUUCUGCUUAGCUAGAAAGGCUUCAGAUACCAUCCCAGAAACACAUCUGCUUCCCAAGGACUAGCUUAAUUUCAAAAACACAGACUUUUUAGUGAUAGCUGCCAUAAGUCAUAAAACAGAAAAAUAUGAAAUGACUCAAUGUAAUAGUGGCUUCUUUUUACAUUGUCAGAGUGGUAGAGUGAUGGAAAAGAGAGGAACUCAAAUAGAGAUUUUUGUCUAAUGACCAACAAAUAAACAUCCAACUAAAAGAAUUGUAUAAACCUUUACGUUCAUUUUAAAUUAAACCAGAAGACAAACUAAAA